AUGCCAGGCUUUACUCCUCUCUUACCACCCCGCCCCGUAGCGGAUGGGACAAACGAGCCCAUCCGCGUCCCAACAACACCCCCUCCCAUAUCCGCCAUGAUUAGGGACAACAUGACCCUCUCCAGCUGGCUCCUCCUCGGCGCCCUCCUCCAAGCUAUAGCGAUAUACACCCUCGGACCUCUUACCGCCCUCCCAGCCGCCGCAAUAAUCACCUACCGAACACUCGACCACCUCCUCAUGGCCUGCAAACUCACGAGAAACAGAUACAUGGACGGCGUCCUGCGGACCAAAGUCUCCGGACAGUAUCCUCGCCCCGACGGGAGCUUUGAGGGUACACCCGCCGCCGAGUCCAUCGUUGUUUUCCGGCUGGGCGCCCGGAGCAAUCACCCGCUCGGCGUCCUCGCGCCGGGAAUGCGGGCCCUGGGGAAAUAUGUCCGGGAGAUGGCGCAAGACAUGACGGGGGACGCGGAGAAGUACGGCGUGCUGGGUCUGGAGCGCUGGGGGAAGCUGCAAGACCCCGCCGGGAACGAGACGAUGUAUCUUUUCUACCUGCGGGAUUAUGAUGGGCUGCAUCGCUUCGCGCACGAUAAACUGCACAUGGACGGGCUGGCGUGGUGGACGACGAUCGUCAAGGACCACCCGCAUAUCUCGAUCUUGCAUGAGACGUAUGUUGUGCCAAGGGGGCAGUGGGAGAAUAUCUACAUCAACAGCAAGCCGACUGGUAUGGGUAACACGUGGUUUCCUUCCCGGGACGAGGAUGGAGGGGUACGGGAGCUUGUGCAUUCGGCGGUUGAUGCCAGGAGCGGUGCGCUGCGAUCGGCUUCAAAGAGGUUGCAGUUCAAGUGGUUGGAGGAGGUUGAGAAGGAGCAAGGGGAACUUUAUGACCGGACGUUUAUUUAG